AUGUUCUCUUUGCCCCUGGGUGUUAUUGCCGUCAUUCGAGUCUGGAAGGUGCAGGCUGAGGAGUAUAAACCGCAUCGGGCCCUGCAGAAGCUGUUUGCGUUUAAAGUCAUCGUGCGUUUGACUUUUCUGCUGCAGGUAGCCAGCAACGACGACAGCGAACAGAGUCGCUUCAGCUGCCAUGGUGGCCUCCUCGGCAUCAAGCCCUGGAACAGCUUGAUGAACCCCAAGGAGUUCAUCUCGGUCAUUAUGUUCGUCUUCAACAUGGAGAGCGAGGCGUAUCAGGCGAGCUUUGGUCAACAAACAGGGCAGGGAGGUUAG